UUUUUUUUUUUUUUUUUUUUUUUUUUUAAAAGAACGCCUUUCUUUGCUCCCUUCCUCCUCCUCAAUGGAAGGCCUCGAGGUCGAGGGUCCCGCCUCCGCCUCCGCUGCCCAGACGGGCCCACCUGAAUCACACGAUCUUGAUCUUGACUACUCUUCACCCGUUGGAUCUCCGGACCACGAACACCACCACCACCACGAUGACGUGCUUCCCGAGAUUCACGCACUGCCGUCCGAUGACGAUCAUGAUCAUGAUCACGAUCCCGAUCACGAUCACGAUCACGGUCCAGAGCAUGAGCAAGAGCAAGUUCAAGGUUCCCCCGGUGGGCCCGCCGUCCUCACCGAUGAUCUCAAGCAUAAGAUUAUCAAGCAGGCAGAGUAUUACUUUAGCGAUGAAAAUUUGCCAAACGACAAGUAUAUGAUGAGCUUGGUGAAGAAGAAUAAAGAGGGGUUUGUUCCUAUAGCAGUUAUAGGUUCUUUUAGGAAAAUGAAGAAGCUCACCCGUGACUAUAAAUUGAUAGCAGCUGCACUAAGGGAGUCUUCAUUCCUUGUUGUGAAUCCAAAUGGAAAGAGGGUGAAACGACUUCAUCCUCUUCAGUUAACUGAGCCUAGGGAUCCAAAGUUAUACACUGUUUUGGUAGAAAAUUUACCUGAGGAUCAUUCUAUGGAGAACAUUCAGAGGAUAUUUGGUGGAGCUGGAAAGGUAAAGAAUAUAUGUUUUCGUGAUCCCCAUGCAGUAGAAGAGUCAACGAAAGGCUGCAAGCCUGAUAUGCUGAUCAGUAGUAAGUUACAUGCUCUUGUGGAGUAUGAGACUGUGGCAGCUGCUGAGAAAGCUGUGGCUACUUUGAAUGAUGAACAGGACUGGAGAAAUGGCAUGCGGGUCAAGCCUCUUAAUAGAGUGGGAAAGUAUGGGCAGAGAAGACAACCAUGGAGGGGAUCGGGAUCUGAUUCUGAGAGGAAUAAUACUAGCCGGGGAUCUGAUUCUGAGAGGAAUAGUACUAGCCGGGGAUCUGAUCAUGCAGGAGAUGAGGAAAAUCAUAACUUGAGUGAGCAUCAUGAUGAUAUACCUGAUGAAGAGGAUGGGGAGCAUUUAUCCAAGGAGAAAAAUGGGCAUAAAGGUCGAAAUCAAGGCAGACCUAGAAGGCAGAAUUAUCGUGGCAACAAUGGGCUAGGUCAUGGAAGAACUUCAUCAACUCAUCCCAUUGAAGCCUCAAAGCCACCUCCUGGGCCAAGAAUGCCUGAUGGAACUAGGGGAUUCACAAUGGGGCGUGGUCGGCCUCCCAUUUCCAAUCAAAGUUAGCAAGUGUUUUGAAUCUUUGAUCACCAGAUGGAGAGUAAUUCUUGUACUUGAUGCUCUUUCCAAAUAUCUUUUGGUGAUCAGGGAGUCAGAAGUGGGUAUAUCCAUGAUGGAUUAUAUCUGAACCACUUGGAUUUACAAAUUGUCAUCAUAAUUACUUCUGAUUCUAUUGUUACACUAAUGCUUGUUAGAUUUGCUUGUAACAUUUUGAUUAAAAAAAAAAAUACGACCACAGUCAGUAUUCAGCCGUGGUCACUCCUUGGAGACAGCGUGGAUGUCUUAAGUUU